AUGGAUUUCGCGGCUCUCAUGAACAAGGAACUGUCCAAGACGAAAGAAAAGUCCACAAACGAUGAAAAAAAAUACUUGAAGCGCUCCGAGAUCGAAGCGGAACGCAGAGCCGCAUACCUAGCCGAGCAGAAAGCCCUCGAGGCCGAACGCGCGCGCAAGGCCGAAGCGAAGCGCAAGCGCGAGGAAGAAAUCGCCGCCGAAAACGCGCAGCGGGAGGAGAAGCGCCGCCGGCUCGCGGAAGAGUCGCGCAGGAGGCAGCAGGAGAAGGAGUGGGAGGAGGAGCAGGCCCGGAGGAGGCGGCUCGGGCUGCCGGAGCUCGUCAAGGGCGAGGAUAACGGCGGCAGCAAGGACGGCGGGCCCGCCGCGGACGACAUGCCGGACGACGAGCUGAUACGGAAGCUGAGAGAGCUGGGCCAGCCGGCGAGACUAUUUGGAGAAUCACACGCGGGACGGCUGAAGCGAUACAAGAAGCUCACCACGGUCGUGACGCAGGGGCCGAUACCCACGACGCUGCAGCUGGUAGACGAAACGGACAUGAAGGUCGACGGCACGGUUCCAAAGGACAAGGAAGGCCGCCAGUGGCUGUUCAGGCAGUUGGCGAGCUACUUCACCAUGGUGCUGACGGCCUACGAAAAGGCAAUGGAGGAGGAGAAGCGAGACACGAGCGCCAGCAAGAUGGCCUACAGCGCCAUGGUGCAGACUCGCGAAAACAUGAAGCCGCUCUUCCGCAAGUUCGAAUCAGGCGACCUCGACGACUCCCUUCUCCAGCCCAUAGUCGAAAUCGUAAAGGCCCUCCAGGAGCGCCGCUAUGUCGACGCAAACGACGGCUACCUCCGCCUCAGCAUCGGCAAGGCCGCAUGGCCCAUUGGCGUCACCAUGGUGGGCAUCCACGAGCGUAGCGCCCGCGAGAAGCUGCACGACGGCGAGAAGGGCCACGUCAUGGGCGACGAAGCCACGCGCAAGUAUCUGCAGAGCAUCAAGCGCUGUUUAACCUUUGCGCAGGUCCGCUGGCCGCCGCAGGACCUGAGGCAGCUCAUGGGGUGA